UCUUCUCUGGUGAUUGGUACGUUCACAACUGACACUUAUUCGCUAUGAAUUGUUAUCGAGAUACAAAAAUUAUUUCCCAUUAAAAUGUUUCCAAUUGUCGUAUGAGUUUUCAUCGAAUGUCUCUCGAUGGUCUGUUAAUUUUAACACAUGAAUUAAGUAGAAUGCUUUCGUUCUUUCAAUUUACUUGCACUUUCUGCACUUUCUAAGUGCACCUUAAAGGUUAACCUCCUAAGGUUCCACCGUUCCCCGGCACGGAACUGUGUUGUUUUGAAUAUCGUUGUUAUGCUCAGUCCGGAGACGUGGAACUUCAAACCACCGCGACAUCACUUUUCUGUAGUCAGAAGGGAUUACAGGAAAACAGAUGUGCCCACUACGGUAAAGAAUCAUUACUUCAAUCAUUCGGUAUCGGUGGUGCUUCCCAACAUCCUUGCCGUACCCGAUAGUCUGCUAAAUUCUCUGUCGGAAGAUACCGAUUAUUAUCGAGUCAAUGCAUUGCGCGCUUGCGAUCUUGUAAAUAGAGAAUUUAUUGAAGCCUUCGUUAAGAAAGGACAAGUCACUCUUCUAACUAUAGGGAAUAAGAUUGAUUCGGAAAAUUCUAUUUGUGUCACUCCAACUGGCUACUUAGUGAUUUCCUUGAUAACUGAGGAUUAUCAAGCAUUUGGAUUAGAAGGAAAAGCAUCUGUCUUUGACCAUGAACCUCAUAUACGUUAUGUUGUAACAAUUAAUUUGAAAGAAGAGUGUUUCAUCCCUACCAAGAAGAAUUACAAAAGAGUUCGAGUAGCAUUGGAGGAACGACUCAAGCAAAACUUUGAUGUAAUAGUCGCAUGGGAUCCACCAGGAACAAAUCUAUGUCCAUCAUCCGUGGCGGCAUGGUUUUCCGCACACGGCUAUGACGUCCGUCUUUGUCGUCAGACUUUUUCUCGAAGAGCUGAAUAUUCAUUAACAGUACCCACCAUACUUGAAGAGGGAUGUGACAUCGACAAGUUCUUCGAGUGGCUUGGGGUCUUCAGCAUCGCUGGUGAUCUGUCCGGCGAAACGGAUGACUACAUAAACACAUAUAAAUGUCCCUCUCCUUCUGUGAACAUUGGACAAGUGCAAUAUCUACAGUGGACCGGGUUCUUCACACAAAAACAAGUGCAGGAGAUGUACGAUACGUUGAAGAAAUACGUAUUGUCGCAGGGUACUCUGCCGUGGGUCAGUUUACAUGUGCAGGGAUUCGCAGACAGCCCUGUCAGCUGGAGCUUACAGGAACACACGUUUUUCGUUGACGGAGACAACAGUUACACAAUCAUACUUCAACAUAAUGGUGAAUCUAUCAUACGAAGAAGUUUAUGUUCUAACAACGGGCCAAGGAGGUGACAAUAAAGGAAAUUUCUCUGACGAAUAA